AUGAAGUAUAGACUGUGGGUUGGAGGAAGGAGUAAGGAAGAUCGGUAUGGAGGCUACUGCCAUAAUCCAGAAAGGGACUGUUUGUGGUUUCAUCUGUCUCCAUCUUGCCAGGGCAGUGUGACCUUUGAGGAUGUGGCCGUGUACUUCUCCUGGGAGGAAUGGGAUCUCCUUGAUGAUGCUCAGAGAUGCCUGUACCACAACGUGAUGCUGGAGAACUUGGCACUUAUAACUUCCUUGGGUAAGGCUCACCAAAAGCAGAACAUUGGCGAGAAUUGCUUCAGAAGCAACAUGGACAGAGCCUCAUUUAUGAAAGACUGCAAAUUUUUUGUGUCAGGGAAGUCCCUUUCCCAUGGGGAGUCCACAUACACCAGGGAGAAGUCAAACAGGGGAACUGAACUUUAG